AAUAAUGGGACAAUAUUGUAAGUAUAUAUAAAAAAGUAGGAAAAUAAAGAGGUUGAGUGAGGAGAGGAGGAAUAAUAGUUUGGAACGGUCCACUGUCUUAGGUUUUUCGGUGAGCCCAAGGUCUAAGGCUUUCUGGUGGUCCUCUGGCAUCCCAGUCCAACACUGUCUUCCCUACAGUUGCCCAAAGCACAGGGAGCAUGUGCUGGGCCACUGACACUUCUAACAAAAUCCAAGAUCCCAACUUUUAUCAUGAUCAGGAUCAAAAGGAAAAAAAACAAAAACAAUCUUUUAGGGUUGCGGAAACUUCCUUACUACAUUUUCCCAUCCUCCACAAGUAAUUUUAAUGUAAUAUAGCUCUAUAUACAAUAUAGCUAACGACCACAAUCUUCUAAUGAACCACGAGAGAUGUUUAUCCGGCUAUCUAGUUGUUUUACAUUUCCUAGCAACCUGUGUGCGUGCCCUCCAAUUCGUCCAAUUGCAUCCAAUCGGAGCGUUCGGUGACGUCAAGUGGGGCGAUUGGUCUGUUUGACGGCGUUCUCUAUUUAACCUGGUAACGAAGGUACAGUGCAAUGGUGAGACAGUUUCCUGUAAGUGGCCCAGUUGCUAUGGCAGACAUGCUGGAUCCCUACACCUUUGAUGCCCCUUCUACAUACAUUAACUUUAGUUCUUUCCAUGAGGAUCACAAUGCUGACUCCUGGUUAGACAGAGUGACCAAUGCACUUAAUACUCCCCCAAACCAGAGGCCACGCUUUGAAACUUCUGCUGUGAAUUCUGAACACAAGCGCAAGGUGUUGACAACCCUUUCAAAGGAGGCAGUCUCCAAGAGUACUAUACAUUUUUGUGAUGUGAAAUCUCCGUCAAUGCGCGCCAACAUACGGAUUUUUCUCCAUCCAAGGCUCAUGUCCAGGAAGCAUCGGGAAAAGCUUCUCAUAAAAAUGAGAGAGUCAGAUCUUGAGAAUGAGCCACCACAGGCUGACUCCCCGCUGUGCAAACUAAAGGGGAGUAGGAAUGUGCUGGUGAAGCCUAAAAUUGCAGAACAGCAAGAGCUUGAGAAGAUACAAGAACUUCAAAAGAAUCUCAAGAAAAAUGAGCAUUCCAUGAAAGCUGCCAUAACUAGAGCAGGUCAGUCUUGGAAUAAUGGUGACCCUCCAGUCACAAAACCAGUGGAUUUUCUCUGUAAAACCAAUGAUCAACUUGAGCAUGGUUCCAAUCAACCUGAGAGAAAUGACUGUAACAUGGUGAAAUUUGUUGCAUCACUAAGGAGACACCAACCGCUAUCGGUUCAGAUUCCUAAACGAGGAUACACAAUCCCAAAACCCUUCAACCUGUCACAGGGAAAAAAACGAAAGCGUGAGGAGGCUUUGGAAUCCAGUGCUGAAAAGGUUAUAUCUUUCUCCAAAAGAACUCCCGCACCUUAUUGCCUGCAUGGCCACCAGAGGGAGCUCGAGGAAGAGGAGGUGCCUGUUAUCAAAGCCACUCGUACGCCACAUUACAGGGUCCUAUUUAAACCCAAACUUUUAGAAAAGAGACAAGUGGAUCAUAGGCGGAGGGUGACUUUUGAGUUUGGGAAGGCUAAUCAAAGAUCAGCAAAAAAAAUUUCACCUACCGGAGGUGCAGGCCUUCAGAGCAGUUGGGGGAAACAAUAGCAUUUUUUAAAGCAAAGUCCCCUAUAGAGUGCUAUAGUCACCUUAUUAAGAAAAUGUGUGUGCCCCAAUGAGGCCUUCCAUACCAGGAGGUCCCUCCCAGUGAACAAGCCACAGUGCUUAAAAGAGAACUGAACCCUAAAACAAAAUAUGGCUAAAAAUGCCAUAUUUUAUAUGCUGAACUUAUUGAACCAGCCUAAAAGUUCAGCAUCUCUAUAGCAGUGAUUUCAAACUUGUCACAGGAACUCCCUAUCUUUGAUUUUGUUAAAAGUCUUUUACACGCACAUGCUCAGUGAGCUUUGAGCAGCUGUUUAGAAGCUAAACGUAGGAGUUUUCACAAAUCAGAAAAUAGGUAAGACUGUUAACUGAUAUUACGAAGCUGGUGAAUAAAUUAUGAUGCUAA